CCCCUCCAUCCCAGCCUUCUGACGCCAACCUCUCCGUUCGCAGCCGUCUGACGAACACGGGCAGCAGAAUUACGCAUGGGUGGCGAGGAUUACGUUGCGUUCCCAGCCUUUUUUUAUAGAAAGUGUCUGUUGCUCUGAGUUUUGGAAUCUUUGCCAGACUGCCUGUUUUGACCCAUCUCCAAAGCUCUCAAUGAAAUUCCUGUCCCCGCGCAGAACCUGAUCUCGGCAGUGGAAGAUGACCAUCCACGCGGAGGGGCUAGUGGCGAUUGUUGUCUUCUACUUGUUAAUUCUCGUCGUGGGAAUAUGGGCCGCGUGGAAAAACAAAAAUGCCGGGGUCUCGGAAGGCACAGACCGGAGCGAGACCAUCAUGGUUGGAGGAAGGGACAUUGGUUUAUUUGUUGGCGGCUUUACAAUGACCGCCACUUGGGUCGGAGGGGGUUACAUCAACGGGACGGCGGAGUAUGUAUACCUGCCUGAUUUUGGAUUGGCCUGGGCACAAGCACCCUUUGGAUACGCCCUGAGUUUGGUUGUAGGUGGCCUGUUCUUUGCCAAACCUAUGCGCUCCCGAGGAUACGUCACCAUGCUCGACCCGUUCCAGCAGAUUUAUGGAAAGCGCAUGGGCGGCUUGCUCUUCAUUCCCGCUCUAAUGGGAGAGAUCUUCUGGUCCGCUGCCAUUUUAUCCGCAUUGGGGGCAACUCUAAGUGUGAUCGUGGACAUUGACAUCAACAUGUCAGUGGUGAUCUCAGCUCUGAUUGCCAUCUUCUACACCCUGGUCGGGGGGCUGUAUUCUGUGGCUUACACUGACGUGGUGCAACUGUUCUGUAUCUUCCUAGGUCUGUGGAUCAGUGUGCCUUUUGCCCUGUCCAACCCUGCUGUGUCGGACAUAGGUGUCACAGCCAAAGAGAUCAUCUACCAGACCCCCUGGCUGGGCAAGAUAGAGCCAGCUGACACCUGGCUGUGGAUCGACAACUUCUGUCUUCUGAUGUUAGGGGGGAUUCCCUGGCAGGUGUAUUUUCAACGGGUUCUUUCUGCCUCUUCAGCUACCUAUGCCCAGGUGCUCUCCUUUCUGGCUGCUUUCGGCUGCCUCGUCAUGGCUGUGCCCUCUGUCCUCAUAGGAGCUAUAGGGGCUUCCACAGACUGGAACCAGACAACGUAUGGGGCUAUUCCUCCUAAAGACAAGGACCAAUCAGACAUGAUCCUUCCUAUAGUGCUCCAACACCUGUGCCCAUCCUACAUCUCCUUUUUUGGUCUUGGCGCUGUUUCAGCUGCUGUGAUGUCAUCAGCUGACUCAUCCAUUCUCUCGGCCAGUUCCAUGUUUGCACGCAACAUCUAUCAACUCGCCUUCAGACAGUCGGCCACCGACCGUGAGAUUGUGUGGGUGAUGCGCAUCACCAUCUUUGUGUUUGGAGCUCUGGCCACAGCCAUGGCCCUGCUGACGGGGACGGUGUACGGCCUGUGGUACCUCAGCUCUGACCUGGUCUACGUCAUCAUCUUCCCCCAGCUGCUCAGCGUGCUCUUCGUCAAGGGCACCAACACCUACGGCUCGGUCGCGGCCUACGUGUUCGGCCUACUGCUCCGCAUCGGAGGGGGAGAACCCUACCUGAAACUGCCCCCCUUCAUCUAUUACCCCGGCUGGGUGAGGCAAUCGAAGAUCCACCACACGACAGGGGAGGUGGAGCACUUCAUCCAGCAGAGGUUCCCCUUCAAGACGAUCUCCAUGCUGGCUUCCUUCCUGGGGAACGUGGGCGUCUCCUACCUGGCCAAGUACCUGUUUGAGAGUGGGAGGCUGUCGCACAAGUACGACUUCCUGGACGCGGUGGUGUCUAAGCACAGCAAGGAGAACAUGGACAAGACGACGCUGGUGGGCAACGACAACAUCAACUUGUCAGAGAUGGCGCCGGUCAAACCCCUUAGCACGGCACUGGCUGCCUCCUUCACCAACACCGAGGUGUUGAGUGACGACGGGUCCAGCCCAGAGUCCAACAACGAGCACGAGUAGAACCGGACGCAGAACCGGACCCAGAUCUGGACCCUGAACCUGACUUUAGGACCCAGACCCCAGAAGAUUCAUACCGGGUUUUAUCCAGUGAAUCAUUCUCUGUACGUGUUGCUAUCAUGUCACAAACUCUCACUCUGUCUCUAUUUGAAACCUAAACGCCCACCCCCCUCCACAUCUUAGUUUUCUUUCAGUGCUGCUACAGAAAUAAAGAUACGUACAGUAACAGGACAGAGUUGUCCUCCCAUCUGUCUUUCACCGUGGAGCGCUCUCAAAGAAACUGCCGUGAUUGAGAAGAGAAUAGUGCAAUAUCUAACCAUGGAGUUACGCGGUACAGUUUACACACCCAUGUCUGUGUGUUUGGGUGUGUGUGAUCAAGUUACAUCCAGUGGGUAUGUAUGAAACCUGCUUCCAUUUUAACCUCAUUUGCUUAGAACCAAUUUAUAAUAGAGCAAUAAUGUUUUUAGCGUGUGUGUUGUACAUAGAUAUGUAAAAUGAUUUCAAUGUUUUUUUUUUUGAUGGAGAUUUAUUGGAAGAUCAACAGAUCUUCAGGUUGAUGUUUUAGUUGCGUAAGUCUUAAUCCACUUACACACAGAAACUAGACACAAGUCAGGACAUACACAUUACUCACAGUACUGAACGCAAACUUUAUCUAAACAGGGUUGAGAAGCCAAAUCUUAAGUUAGUCCUCUUUGACCAUGUGCCAAAACCCCUUUCAGAGACCUAGACAACCGAACAAUCAUCUUAGAGGUAAACCUUAUGGUAGUAUGAUUCCACACAAUUUGAGUGCAGUCUAACUAAAGUGGGUGCUUUAUGGUAGUUCCAAUAAAACAGCUUUAGGUUAUCUGUAGAAAUGAGGUUAGAAUCCAGUGCAACCUGCCAGUCAAAGUGGUUGGCGUCCAAUUCUCGUCAAUGACAAUUUACUCCUGCUCUCCCCUGAACCUUUAUUGACAGCAGAGCUGAUGAAAGGUGGCUAUGUAGUUAAGUUACCUGCAGCUAUCAUAUCUAUGUAGAUAGCCAGUAACACUAGCCCAGUGGAGUUUAGGAUCUUAGGCAGGAGCAGUGCAGCAGGUGUCGAUGUGAGUACUGUGUCAGUGUUGGGAAAUAGAACUGGUCCUUCAGAGUAAGGUAAUUAUCCAGAAAAGUACAAACACUGCUUAUUAUCUUAAGGUAGAUGGCAUUCCUAACUGGUGGAGGGUAUAACUCUUGGUUGAGAACAGAUCGCUCUUUAGGGAUUACAUCAUGAGUCAGAAUACCUUAGAGUUGAGUGUAGAGUUGACACAUAGCAGUUCAGGCAAGAUCGAUGGCAGGCAAUGAUUUCGAUUUACAGUUGGUGAUGAUUUUAACUCUUUGGACAUUGUGACGUGUUUCUGUUCUCUGGUUGCACUAUUCUGUGUCCCUCCUUUCAAAGUAUCGUGGAUAAAGUUUGAUGGUGUCCGUCCGUACAGUACGUGAUCUGUUUUAUUCUGUUUGAAUUGCCUUAAUUUUCUCGUGUUGGAGAGCUGGUCUGAUGCUAUGCAAGGUGUCAGUUGUGUUUCAGUCUCAUUAGACAUGAAUGUAAAUGUAAACUCACUAUCAGAUAGACCUCGUCCCAGACGGCUGUGCAGUGUCUGUGCAAUGUUCUAUAAAAAAAAAAAUACUGUUUAAAGUAAUACAAAUAUUUAAAAAAAGACACCUUCAUGUCAGUUGAUCAGCUGGCCUAUAUUUGUGGUUCAAUGUUAUAAAUGGCAAUAUUUUUGUGUAAUAUGUGUAUAGCAAACACAACAUAUGAACAAAGUCAAUAGACCUUUCAAUGCGCCUUUAGAAAUGAUUUAACUGUUUGAUGAGGUGAAAUUACAGCUAUAUAAGAAUUUAUUUAUUUAUGCAGUGUCUAUAAGAAAAUAGUGAUGACUAUGUGAGAUGAAUUAAAUAAAUUAUAUGAUUUAGCUCAUUGAUUACUUGUCAUUCAGUCUUUUAGUGUAUUGCUUGUUUCAGUGUGCAUUUUAUUUACAUGAUACUUGUAUACAUUUUUGAAUCAGCUUUUUACGAUUUUUCUGAGACGUUCCUCAAACGUUGCUUUGCAAAAGCUGAUAUACCCCCUACUGUAGGUCUACAAACAAACCAUUUGUAAUGUAAUGAGCCAAACAAAUCGUUGCCUAGCAGUCAUCUUACUAUUUGUGAGAAACUUUGUAUUUUCUCUGAUCCGUAUUGUCACAUCCAUGACAUCAAAUCAACUCUUACAGUAAUAGUGAGAAGCAGACAAAGGAUGCAUGGUCCCGUAGUUGAUAUGCAGGUCUUGGGUGUAAUGUUUCGUGUGUCUGUGAGUGUAGGUGUGUGUUUGUGUGUGUG